CGCUUCCCCUCUGGCCUGGGCCGUCGCCAUUGCCGAAGGCUCCCUGCACUCCCUUCCCGGUGCCCGCGGGGCUCGGCUGCCGCACGGCCUAGCAACAACAGCAGCUGCGCUCCAGCGCGGUUCCUCUUCCCGCCCCGCUUCCCUUUCCCUCCCCUCCCCGCCCCGUGUCGCGCGCUUGCUCGGGGCGGCUCCUGAGCCCGCCGGGAGCUCGGCCGGAGGCUCCUCGCUGGGGCGGGGAUCUUUCCUCGCCUGGGGCCAUAUCAUAAUUCUGAAUCAUGUCUGAUAACGGAGAACUGGAAGACAAGCCUCCAGCACCCCCUGUGCGAAUGAGCAGUACCAUUUUUAGCACUGGAGGCAAAGACCCUUUGUCAGCCAAUCACAGUUUAAAACCUUUGCCCUCUGUUCCAGAGGAAAAAAAGCCCAGGAAUAAAAUCAUCUCUAUAUUCUCAAGCACAGAGAAAGGAAGUAAGAAGAAAGAGAAGGAAAGGCCAGAAAUUUCUCCUCCAUCGGAUUUUGAGCACACCAUCCACGUUGGCUUUGAUGCUGUUACUGGAGAAUUCACUGGCAUGCCAGAACAGUGGGCUCGAUUAUUACAGACCUCCAAUAUCACCAAACUAGAGCAAAAGAAGAAUCCUCAGGCUGUGCUGGAUGUCUUAAAGUUCUAUGACUCCAACACAGUGAAGCAGAAAUAUCUGAGCUUUACUCCUCCUGAGAAAGAUGGCUUCCCGUCUGGAACGCCAGCACUGAAUACCAAGGGUUCGGAAACAGCAGUAGUAACAGAAGAAGACGAUGAUGAUGAAGAGACUCCUCCUCCUGUUAUUGCCCCACGACCAGAUCAUACAAAAUCAAUUUAUACACGGUCUGUAAUUGAUCCUAUUCCUGCACCAGUUGGUGAUUCUAAUGUUGAUAGUGGUGCCAAGACUUCAGACAAACAGAAAAAGAAGGCCAAAAUGACAGAUGAAGAGAUUAUGGAGAAAUUAAGAACUAUUGUAAGCAUAGGUGACCCUAAGAAAAAAUACACAAGAUAUGAAAAAAUUGGGCAAGGGGCUUCUGGCACAGUUUUCACUGCUACUGAUGUGGCAUUGGGACAAGAGGUUGCUAUUAAGCAGAUUAAUUUACAGAAACAGCCAAAGAAGGAAUUGAUCAUUAAUGAGAUUCUGGUGAUGAAAGAAUUAAAGAAUCCCAACAUAGUUAACUUCUUAGACAGUUACCUGGUGGGAGACGAAUUGUUUGUGGUAAUGGAGUACCUCGCUGGGGGAUCACUUACUGAUGUUGUAACAGAGACCUGCAUGGAUGAAGCACAGAUUGCUGCUGUAUGCAGAGAGUGUUUACAGGCAUUGGAGUUUUUACAUGCUAAUCAAGUGAUCCACAGAGACAUCAAAAGUGACAAUGUGCUUUUGGGCAUGGAAGGAUCUGUUAAACUUACUGACUUUGGUUUCUGUGCCCAGAUCACCCCUGAGCAGAGCAAGCGAAGUACUAUGGUUGGAACGCCAUACUGGAUGGCACCAGAGGUGGUUACACGGAAAGCUUAUGGCCCUAAGGUUGACAUCUGGUCUCUGGGUAUUAUGGCUAUUGAGAUGGUAGAAGGAGAGCCUCCAUAUCUCAAUGAAAAUCCUUUGAGGGCCUUGUACCUGAUAGCGACUAAUGGAACUCCAGAACUUCAAAACCCAGAGAAACUUUCCCCCAUAUUUCGGGAUUUCUUAAAUCGAUGUUUGGAGAUGGAUGUGGAGAAAAGGGGUUCAGCCAGAGAACUGUUACAGCAUCCCUUCCUGAAACUGGCCAAACCAUUAUCCAGCUUGACACCACUGAUCAUGGCAGCUAAAGAAGCAAUGAAGAGUAACCGUUAACAUCAUUGCCGUGGCCUCAUAUUCUUUUCUCCAUUUUCUAAAAGAAGUCUUUUAAUAUAUGAAAAUUAUUAUUCUUUUGGGGUUUAAAGAAAUGGUCUACAUAACAAGGAGGAAAAAAACAAGCUACUAUUUCCUGAAGACAACCAAGAAAAAAUUGCAGAACUGAAUGACAACUUUCUUAUUGAAUCCCUUCUUUAGGGUCCAAAAGGAAUUGUGGACUGAAUCACUAGCCUUACAUCUUUCAGCAGAAAGCCCAUCAGGGCCAUUUAUCAUGCUUGAGAUUUGCAUUUUAUUUUGCUGACUUCAUUAUAAUAGAUCCCAUUCAUUGUCCCUUUUGAGGUAUUUUCAGUACUUGAAUGGCAGAUUUGGGUUUUUCAGAGUAUGUGUUUUAUCUGCUAGUCUUCUUUUCUCUCCAUAACUUUCUUUUCCUUGACUUGCUCCUUUUGAGUUGCUUUGAGAAAUGUUUCUUAUGCCUAAAUUGGAGACAAGUGUGAUAGAAAUUAUGUAGCUCCUUAUAUUGGCAAAGGAGUUCAAUAUCGUUUAACUUUGUAUAGAAGUUAGAACCAGCUAUUGUUACAUGUAAUAUUUCAGUUCAGAGUUUGAACUGAAGGAAGGGAAGAAAAGAAUGUGAUUUUUACCUUUUUAAACAAAUGUGAAAGAAUCAGUUUUAAAAGUUUCAUAAUAGUGAGUUGUUUGGCAUUUGUUAACAUGUAUAGAGAGAAGACUAAUAAUCUAUAUUUAUAACUAAAUCAUUGAAACAGAAAAAGAAUCCCAUUGACUCUACUUUCUUACACUUUGUUUUUCUUUCUAUGUCCUCUUCAGAUUUGGCUUCAGGACUUUGGUUUGUGCCGCUAGUUUCCCCUUCCCUCUUUUUUUCCCUUCAUUUUGGAAAUAAGUUUCUGUAUAUGUUGUAAUUUUAGCUAGUUCGUUUUUUAAUUAACCCUUUCUCACCCUACUCCUCCCCCCCUUCCCAUGGUAAAUAAUAUUAUAACCAUUGAAUUUUCAGAAUUUAAAAGUUAACCUUUUUGUUUCCAUUUAAAGGUAAAAAAUAUUUGGAGCUAGCAGAGACAAAGUGAGAGGCUUGAACCUUGAAAUAAGCUGGUUUAUUUCUGGUGGAAAGCUACAGCGUCUGUUGAGUUCCAGAUUUGAACAUUCUUUGUAAAUAGUUGUCUGGAUGGAUUAUGAUAAAGAAGAUGCUACCAAUGAAAUAGAAAACCAACUAGAUGGUAUAAGACUGUGAUCCUCAUGACCACUCUAGAAGGCACUUCCAUGCGUAAGUCAUAAAGGCCAUAUUCACUGAAUGCAGUGCCAAUGCCCCAUUUUUAUGCCUGUGACUCAACAAAGGUCUUUUCAGUUUAUAGAAGCAGUUUGGGGUUUGUAUUUACAACUUCCUUGAUGGUUACCUGCAUGUCCAUUGCUGGCAACGGACUUUGUCAUUAAAACCUGACUCCUAGGUUACGGGAGCUACGCUGUGGUUUAUUCUUUACUUACUUGGAUAAACUAACUUGUAAUAGAAAUGUACUUUGGUUAAUUCUGAAAUGUGUCAAUUUUUGAAUAAUCUUAAUCUUAAAAGCAAUACAGAAUUGUGAUUUAUUAAUUUUAAAUUAAAAUGUUCACAUGUUGUUGCAAGAAAAAUUAUAUCUGAAUCAAGAUUCAUGGUUUUUUUUUAAUAACUGCCUUUUGUAUUUACCUUUUUGUCAUUACUUUAGAAUGAAAAUUCCCAUUUAAAUCUAAAAAUUACCUUAGUCCUCUUUUGUUAUUAAGACAAUAUUACUAUAGUAUUUAUUAUAUUUCAGACUCUCUGGCAGUCUAAAAGUUUCCUUCUCCUCUUGUUCCUUUUGCUGCUUUGAAAGGGACAGUUAAAACUGAGAAACCAUGAAAAUAUUGAAUAUUUCAUCCUACAUAGAAUAGUAAACAAGUAGAGUGAUUGUGCUAGCAUAAGAAACUAAGGCUAACACAACUCUGUUUUCGUGUUGAGUGCCUGGCACACAGUACAAAUUCUCUUCUCCUCAACAUAUAAAUAUUAAGCUGCUUAAAAUGUAUCUAGUUACCACCAGUCCUAAAUGACCUGUGCCUUUAAUAAGCAAUUUAAAACUACCUAUGAGGAUUUCUUUGUAGGGCUCACAUAAAUACAUGUUUGUUUAUAUAUACUGUAUUCUAGCCAGAAUAAUUUUAGAUCUGAUCAGGCAGUAGCUAUAGUUAGAAAAAAAAAAAUGGGUGCUUAAAUUUGCAUCAGUUUUUUAAUCUAAAAGUUUUAAAAUAUACUGAGAUCCAUAUCCAGUGAAAUGUCAAAAAAUCAUUAUGGAAUAUAGCUAAAAUCCAGAUUAAGAUUCUUUUGGGGUUUUUUUUAGUGAAAUUAUAGUAAUAUAAAAAGCAGAUUGUCUUCCUUGUCUCAACUGCUCCCACAAUAAACAACUAAAAUCAGUUUUUCCACAGUGUGUGUAUAUGAGUAUGUGUAAGAAGGGGAAAAAAUACACACACACACACACACACACACACACACACACACACACAGAUUUUAUUUCUCACUAACACAUUUAUUGACCACUUUGACAAAGACACUGUGGUAGGUAUUGUGGGAAUUACAAAGGAGAACCAAGCACUGGCCUGGCCUUGAGAGAACUGAAGUCUUUCUCAUUCACCAUUCUAGAAUGUUGCCAAAUGAGAGAGAAAGAAAUGUAUGAUAAUUCUGUCAAACAUCUUUGGUAGGAAUGUCUUGUGUGUUUUUUGUUUGUUUGUUUUGGGUUUUUUUGUUAGAUAGAAAUGGAACUAAGUGAAAGUAACUUGUCUUUUCUGUUUUGUCUUCAAAUUUUAUAUUGACUUUUAUUUUUAAUUUAAUCCCAUUCAAUUAUUUAAUUGUUACAUUGACAUUAACUGCUGUAUUUGAUGACCUUGUUCAAUAAUUUUGUUCUUUCAGGGCUAGAAAUAAACUUUUUUAAAUGUU